UACUGAUUGUAUUUUCGAGAAGAUUUGAUGUGAUGCUAAUUUGGUGAAGAACCUGAAUUUGUUAAUUGAUUAUAUGCGAAGUUUAGUGCGAGGUAUUCUGUGUGGAUUACCGUUGAAUUGAGUUCUGCCUAAGCCGUUUGCUUAUUAAUUAGAAACGUUACGUUAGGAUUAGGUAAAUACUGUUCUGUUCCUCAUAGGGUUACUUUUUCAUUUCUAAACGCCGGUUUCUAAUAUAGCAUCAUAGCAUUCCGCCUAGUUCUGGCCACUUGUAUUAAGGCUUGCAGUAACAUCGUGUGUUUGAAGAUUUACUGUAUUUAGGCGACGGCUAUAAGCGACGUUGUUGCAUCGUUCAAAAGGGUAUUGCGAUUGGUAUAGGCAAGAUCAAAUCUUUGAGCUGCACAUACAAACUGCUGCUGGAAGACCCUUCGCCUAUCCGAACAUCCUCAAAGAUUUGUAGCUAGGAUGCCACCCCAGGACGAUGCUAGGGAAUGCGGUGCGUGCGACGAACCGAAUUCCGCCGACGUCGGCAUGGUGGCCUGCGAUGGGUGCAGUGUAUGGUACCACUACACUUGUGCCAAGGUGUCCCCGGGAGUCCAACAACGGUCGUGGAGAUGCAGUAAGUGCCUGCCCGAACCGCCUUCGGAAGCCACCGGAGCCAAGAAGAAAGGAGGUAAGAAACAAACGGCUAACUUGACUGUCCUCGGUGCUACAUCGAGUGAGAUGCUGAAGUCGAGCACCGCCAACCAGAAGAAGACGUCGGAGAAAUCGAAAAACUCCGAUAAAUCGAAGACCUUGUUCGUUCCUGAUCUUACGGCGAGUGGUAACGCCACUCCGAAGAAGCAUCCAGAGGUUCCUGCCUUCGAUAAGUCGAGCCACGGGGAGAUGAGAUCUUCCAAAUCCAGCACUUCUACCGCCAGAGCUCGAGCGCAAUUAGCAUUGCAGCGAUUGGAAGACGAGCGAUUGCUGGAGGAGCAGAAGUUGAGGGAAGAGCGGGCACGAUUAGAGGAAGAACGGAUCCGCCUGGAGAAGGAGAGGCAGCUGAAGGAACAGGAGCACGCCAUUAAGGCCAAGGAGCUCGCGAUGCAGGAGAAGUACCUGCGUGACAAAUUCGAGCUGGAGGAACAGAUUGCUGAUGACGAGAGCAGCAAAUCAAGCGUCUUCAGUCGGAAGGACAGGACCAAGGCUUGGUUGAAAAGCCAGCACGGUAUGAGUCACCGGGACGACAAAAGCGCGACACAGUUCUCGGAGUGGCCUAAUGCAGCGAACGAUUUGGCGGAACCGGAUCGUUUCCGGCCGCUAGCGGAUGAGAUAGCCGAUCGACAGCAGUUAGAGCCACGAUUAAUCCCAGAAGCGAUUCCGGAUCAUCUGAUCCGUGCCAACAGUGCGCGGGUUAGGAAUAUCCCUUCGGAACCCGUCGGAAACCACUUCGGAAGUGCGGCUAGAUCGAAUGCCAGCCUGGCGCCGUCUUUGCGAGGGAUUGAGCGCGCGGCGAUAGGUUCGAACCCAGGUUCCCACGGGGCGGGGCCGAACAGCGACCAAGUAGCCGCGAGACAAAUCUGGCCGAAGAAGUUACCCACUUUUUCGGGCGACCCGGAAGAGUGGCCUAUAUUUGUCCACAGCUUCGAGACAGCCAACAUUGCGUGCGGUUUUACGGACGUGGAAAAUAUAAUUCGCUUGCGAGAGUGCUUGCGCGGGCCAGCGCGAGACGCCGUCGUUACGAAACUGAUGUUUACCCAAAGCGUUAACGCGAUUAUGGAAACGCUGCGACGGUUGUACGGGAGGCCAGAGCUGCUGGUGAAGAAUCUGCUGAGCAAGGUGCGUCGGGCCGAGGCACCGAAACCAGAACGAUUGGAGUCGCUGAUCAACUUCGGCCUAACGGUGCAACAGCUAUGCGAUCACCUGGAGGCCGCGAAUCUCAGUGGCCAUCUGUCCAACCCUACACUGCUCGGCGAACUAGUGGAGAAGCUGCCAGCGUCGAACAAGCUCGAGUGGGCAAGAUUCAAGCGAGGGUAUGCGGAACCGACCCUAAAACAUUUCGGAGUGUUCAUGGAAGAACUGGUGUACGACGCCAGCGAAGUUACGUCACCGAUCCAACAGAAGGCAGCGGUUGGGAGAGCUGAAAGGGACAAGCCGAAAGAGAAGGGGCAUGUGUACGCCCACGAAGAGGUAGCCGAGGUGCAGAGACGCGAUGAAGAAAGGCAACCCUGUCCGAUAUGCGGUAAAACAGACCAUCGUGUGAGGAACUGCGAACGUUUCCAGCAGCUGGGAUUGGAAGCUCGCCUGAAAGCCGUUCAUCAUUGGAAGUUGUGCGAGGUUUGCCUGUUUGACCACGGCCAAUGGAGAUGUCGUUCGAGAAUCCGAUGCAACGUCGGGAACUGCCGAGACCGCCACCACCCACUUCUACAUCGUUCUGAUCGUGGUUCGAUACAGGAACAGCGUCAGCGACAACUUCGAGCGUCGGAAUGCAACGCUCAUGAGCAGUCGCAAAGAUCCGUCCUGUUCAGGAUCAUACCGGUUAUGUUGUUCAACGGGAACCGCAGAUGUGAAACUUUCGCCUUUUUGGACGAAGGGUCCUCCUUGACGCUUAUUGAAGCAAGCUUAGCACGGCAGCUUGGAGCAGUUGGUGUUCCUGAACCCCUAGAGCUGAGAUGGACUUCGAGCGUGAAGAGGAAUGAGGAGAGCUCGCAGCGCGUGGACUUCGAAAUUUCCGGAAAAGGACUACCCCGCCGUUACGUGCUGAAGAACGCGCACACCGUCGAAGAGUUGAACCUUCCGAGUCAGAGUUUGGCCUUCAACGAAGUAUCCGAGCGAUUCCCACAUCUCCGAAAUCUUCCUGUUUCUGCGUACUCCGAGGCCGUGCCUAGAAUUCUCCUAGGUUUGGAAAAUUUGAGUCUCUUCGCGCCCCUGGACAGUUGCGUCGGCCGACCAGGCGAACCGAUCGCGGUGAAAUCUUUGCUAGGGUGGUCCGUCUAUGGCCCAGAUGCAAGCGAAAUAUCAAAACCAGCAUUUGUAAAUCUCCACGAGUGUAAUUGCGAUGCCGAUAGAGAAUUGAACGAUCUAGUUCGGCAGCAGUUCAUCCUGGAGGACAUGGCUGCUGCAACCACGCCCCCGCCAGAGUCCGCUGAUGAGAAACGUGCCCGCGAGAUAUUGGAAAAUACCACAAAAUUCGUUGAUGGAAAAUACGAAACCGCUCUUCUUUGGAAAGCCGACGAAAUCGACCUCCCCGAUAGCCUUCCCAUGGCGAUGAAACGCUUGCGGAGCUUCGAGGCCCAACUGGCGAAGGACCCAAGUCUCCGAGAAAAUGUGAACAAGCAAAUCGAGGACUACGUGCAGAAAGGCUACGUCCACAAGGCUACAGAAGAGGACUUGAUGGAGAUCAACCGGAGGCAAGUGUGGUAUCUGCCUCUUGGCCUGGUUAUACAUCCGAAGAAGCAGAAGAAACGACUCGUGUGGGACGGGAAAGCGCAAGUGAAUGGAGUGUCCCUCAACUCAAAACUAUUAAAAGGCCCCGACCUGCUAGUGUCGCUCCCUUCAGUGGUCUGCAAAUUCCGUGAGAAACCCGUUGCAUUCGGAGGCGAUAUCCGCGAAAUGUUUCUGCAGCUUCGAAUGAGGACAUCGGACAGAUACUUUCAGUGUUUCCUCUUCCGAUUUGAUUUGCAACAUCCUCCUGAAGUCUACAUCGCAGACGUAGCGAUGUUUGGCGCCACAUGCUCGCCAUGCGUCGCGCAGCACGUCCUACGAGUCAACGCUGACAAGUGGGCGGACGAGUUCCCGGUAGCUGCAGCGGCAAUCAAGGACAAGACGUAUAUGGACGACUACUACGACAGUGCUGACACCCCAGAAGAAGCAGCGGAGUUGGCUGUUCAAGUUAGGACCAUCCACGCCCGUGGCGGGUUCGAAAUGAGGAACUGGGUGAGCAACAGUGAGGAAGUGUUGGAGAAGCUCGGCGAACGCAACGAUCCAGAGCCACGUCUGCUACAGUCAACGACCGAGGCAAAAUGGGAACGAGUUCUUGGAAUGCUGUGGCACCCAGAGUCGGACUCUCUAACGUUUUCAACCGAGCUUGGCGAACAACUUCUUCAGUACGUGUCCGGAGGAAAGCGGCCGACAAAGCGAAUCGCUCUGAGGAUUAUAAUGAGUCUGUUUGAUCCUCUUGGUCUCCUGGCACCGUACCUCAUACAUGGACGCAUCCUCAUUCAGGAUCUAUGGAGAAGUGGGGUGCAGUGGGACGAAGAGAUGAGAGACGACGAAUUCGAGAAGUGGACACACUGGGUGGAGUUACUACCGGGUAUCAGUGAGCUUAGUAUUCCUCGUUGCUAUUUUGGUGAAGCAGAUCCUCUGUGCCGUCGAACCUUGCAGUGCCACGUGUUCACCGAUGCCAGUGAGGCUGGAUAUGGCUGUGCGGUGUACUUCCGGAUUACGGACCACCUGGAACGCGUGCGGUGCUCGUUGGUUAUGGCGAAAAGUAAAGUCGCCCCCCUGAAACAUUUCUCGAUUCCACGAUUGGAAUUGGAAGCGGCCGUGCUCGGGGCUAGAAUGUUGACCGCUGUUUUGACGAACCAUACCCUUCAACCUCGUGAGGUGUACCUUUGGACGGAUUCUUCCACGGUUCUCGCGUGGAUUCGUUCCGACCACAGGCGCUACAAACAAUUCGUCGCCCAUCGUAUCGGAGAACUUCUGUCUCUGACCCAAGCAGAAUGCUGGCGAUGGGUACCGUCUAAGCAGAAUGUAGCCGAUUGUUUGACAAAGUGGGUACGCGACUCGGAGCCUGAUUCCAACGGGAGGUGGUUCCAGGGUCCAUCGUUUUUGUAUCUCUCCGAAGACAGUUGGCCACAGCAGCGAGAGAAGCCGAACACUACUGAAGAGCUACGAUCGGCCUACCUGCUCACUCACAUCAUGCUUCCGGUGGGAAUGAUAGACGUUGGUAGAUUUUCCAAGUGGAGUGUACUGCUACGGACCGUGGCAUGCGUUUACCGCUUCAUCAGUAACUGCCGAUUGCGCGUAUCUGGACGCCCAAUAGAAACCUUCCAAGCUACGAAAAAUCAAGCGAAGCUGCUGAGAUCCGAAGUGGCCGCCCGCAAGGUGCCAUUGUCGCAAGAGGAGUUUCUACGAGCGGAGCAGUUUCUCUGGAGAAUGACGCAGGGUGAAUAUUAUCCGGACGAAGUUCGAACUCUGCUGAAGAACCGUGAUCAACCGAUAGGGAAAUGGAUAGCUCUAGAGAAAAGCAGUUCACUCUACAAAUUUUCACCCUUCGCUGACGAAUACGGCAUCAUUCGGAUGGAAGGGAGAACUGCCGAUGCCGCUUAUGCUGGCUUCGACGCAAGAUUUCCGAUCAUUCUCCCAAAAGAGAGUGAGAUUACUCAACGCCUCUUGGACCACUACCAUCGUCGUUACGGACAUGCGAACAAAGAAACCGUCGUAAACGAAGUCCGUCAACGAUUUCAAAUUUCGCAUCUACGAUCGGCCGUAGAGAACAUUGCUCGCAGUUGCCAGUUCUGUAAAGUGAGCAAAUGCAAGCCCCUUCCUCCUCGUAUGGCUCCUCUUCCCGAGCAACGAUUGACGCCGAAUGUCCGACCUUUCAGCUACGUCGGUAUUGACUACAUGGGGCCGCUGGAGGUAACCGUCGGCCGGCGCAAAGAGAAAAGAUAUGUGGUAGUAUUCACGUGUCUAGUGGUACGAGCGGUUCACCUGGAAGUCUCUUACGAUCUUUCAAGCGAAUCCUGCAUCAUGGCAAUUCGAAGAUUCUCACGUAGACGUGGAUCACCGGUUCAAAUAUUCUCCGACAAUGGCACCAACUUUGUUGGGGCUAAUCGCGAGCUGCAGCAACAGAUAAAGCAGAUCGAUCUGGAGUGCGCCGGUACCUUCACCGAUGCACGAACGAAAUGGUCUUUCAAUCCGCCUUCCGCGCCACACAUGGGCGGAGUGUGGGAACGCAUGGUGCGGAGCGUCAAAGAGGCCAUGGCUACGUUGAAUGAUGGUCGGAGACUGACCGACGAAAUCUUGUGGACUACGUUAGUUGAAGUAGAGGGAUUGAUCAACUCACGGCCCCUCAUGUACAUGCCGCAAGACUUAGAUAAUCCCGAAGCCCUAACGCCGAAUCAUUUUAUCUUUGGAUGUUCGUCGGGUGCUCAUGAACCAAUGGAACCACCCGUGAAUCUGGAGCAGACUCUCCGAAGCAGUUUCCUUCGCUCUCAGCAGUUAGCGAACAUUGCAUGGGAGCGAUGGUCGAAGGAGUACUUCCCUACAAUCAAUAGAAGGACGAAGUGGCUGGACGAAGUGAAGUCCUUGAAGGUCGGCGACGUUGUAUACGUGGUAGAAGGCAAAAGAAGGUCAUGGACUCGGGGCGUCGUAGAGGAGGUUAUUCCGGGUAAGGACGGCAGAAUACGCCAGGCGAUCGUUCGUACGGCGUCCGGUAAGUUGAAGCGACCUGUGGUAAAGCUGGCAGUAAUGGAGCUGGGUGAAUCUACGGGAGGCCCUCCCCUCGAUCCACGGGGCGGGGGAUGUUCUGGCAGCACGGACGACGUUCAGCAUCACCACUUGUCGAAUGAAUAG